UAAAUCUGUACAAGCGUCACGAUAACGAAACAACAACAAUCCAUAUCGUGCCCGAUCAUCGAAGUUGAAAUGUCGUAAAUCCGGAAUUCCGAAAUCAUCACGAAUAACAAUAUGGCGUUUUGUUAUGGUUCACUCUACCGCCCGUCGCCCGUCGGUCGUACACUGCAGUACUGAACGUCUGCACACAACGCAAUACGCGUUACGCGUUGAUGGCACGACGACGUUCGGUCUUCGGUGGUCCACAACUGUCGUCGUCGAUUUUUGUCCCGAACAGCCACGGAUGACGGAUGUACUGACACCCGCACUUCCCGUGCCAGUGGAAACCGUUUAACAAUAAUAUCGACAGCUCGACGACCUACAUUACCACGCGAUUCGCCGUUAGGCGGCUGCGAGCUCGCCUUCAGUCGACGUCGACAACCAUGGAAACCGCCAGCGAAGAAGCUCCUAAACGGGCGUUGGAUGAAGCCGACGACGGUGACGGUACGAAAAAGCUGAAAACUGACGCGGAAGUUCAUCAGUUCUUGCCGACGGUGGAAAAAAUAAGAAAUGUGGAGGAUCCGAUAAAAUGGAGUUUGCUGCCUUCGAUCGUGUACAAUUUGCUCAUGCUAUUCAAGAAAACGGAAAAAUCGAAUUCUGUCGAGGACAAACAAGCGAGCAAACAAGAUAAACUUGAUAAUGGUCUUAAAGUUUUAUCAAAUCAAUAUUAUCAAGAAAAACUUUUAAAUGAUGCCUUCAAACAUGAUCAUUUGAAAGAGGUUGAUAGAUGCAAUAAAAUUAAUAUUAAAGAAUCCAAUUUAAAAGUUCUAAAUACUACAAAAGUUUCCAUCCAAAAUCUGAAUAAAUUAGAAUCCACAUCAAACUAUAUAACAGAAAAUGUUCCAAAAAUAGCACCAUCAAUUACAAAAGCUUUGCCAAUUCAACUGUCUGCAGAGAAUACUGAUGUUCAUAAGGUUGAACAACAAAUAGAUGACAAAUCAAUCAAAACAACUAGUGUUGUCAAGAACAAGCUUACACCUACACACAAUGUUAAUCAUGUAUCUGUAUAUAGGAAAAAUAUUCCUUGUACAGUGCCAUCUACAAAUGAUAUCUCUAAAGCAGUUAUGUCUACAGAAAGUGUUUCUAAUGCAGCUACAUCUGCCAAUAGUAUUUAUAAUACUUCCCUUCUUGCAUCUGGAACUGAUAUUUUUAAUACUUCUUUGUAUACAUCUACAAAUAGUGUUUAUAAUAUUCCUAUUGUUACAUCUAAAAUUAGUAUUCCUAAUACCCCUAUACUUAUUUCUACAGAUAGUAUUUCUAGUACCGCUAUGUUUUCAUCUGCAAAUAACAAUACAAUAAUUGUACCUGAGGAUAGUGUUCAUCAAGUUAUUUCUAGAACAGAAAAUAAUUUUAGAAAGCAAAUAUUUGAGCUUUUAAAUAAAAAUUGUAUUGUUGGUAUUUCAAAAAUACCUUUAACUAAACCAUCUUCAUGUAGUUGUAAGUAUUGUACAACUGUGACUAGCUUAUCGAUAAAACAAUCGGCAGCAUAUAAUCUUUUAUUUGCAUUAAGUGAUAAUUUAAAUCACAAUAAAUCAUAUUAUAAUAUGGAAUUUUCAAAUGUACCAGAUACUAUUGGUUCUAUUUCUGCUACAAACGACUGUUAUUUGAACAAAUCAAAUAUACCACCUUAUAAAUGUGAAAAAUCAUUAAUUAAUACUGAAUCUCCAAAAAAUAUUUGGAUUAAUCAGUUAACUUCUUUGAUCAGUAAAAAUGAUACAUCCAAAAAAUAUCAUAAAACUAAUAAAGUUAAUGCUUCGGUAAAAUUGAACUUGCAAAAUGUUAUUAAUAACGUGCAUAAAGCCACUCGACAAAUUAAAUCACAUCUUUCGUUUUGUAACAAAUGUAAAAGAUCAAAUUUGAAUAAGCCUGGUAAUUGUAAAUGUAAUGUAUCUCUAAGCACAUCUUAUAAGCAUAAUGAGUAAUAUGUAUA